GUUUCAUAGCUAUGUUUAUGGGUCCUGUGGGAGUUUACAGGGUCUAAAAGUGAGGGGGGAAACUACAAAGCAAGUUUUCUUCUCAUACUUGGUACUGGAUGACUUCUUCCAUCCUGAAUUUUUAGCUGAAUAUUGUUAAAUUUAACUGCUCAGAAUGAAAAAAGAAAAAGGAGCUGUACUCAUUUUCAUGUCAUUUCCCCUCAUUUGAAUAAAGACUUUACUCUUUCUGUCCAGGUACAAUGGAGAGUUCUUCUCUGGAAAUUGACUUACUUGAUACCAAUGAAGAAGGAAAACUUUAUGUGGUUGAUUCCUUAAACAACCUAAACAAACUGCAUCUAUGUUCCGAUGGAUCUCAACACCUGUUAACCCAGGAAGAAGAGAACACUGGCGGUUUGAUGACAUGGAGCAGCAUAAGUUGCCAACAUUUAUUCUUCGUCACACUGAUCAUUAUUUUGAUUGUCAGUUUGGCGCUUGUUUCAUUUGUAAUAUUCUUAACAAUUCACACUGGCAACAAGAUGGAUGAAGUGACAAGCAGACUAGCAUUUGAAAGGAAGAACACAGAAGAUCUUAAGAAUAUAAACAAUAUGAUAUUAAAGCAUCUAAACCAAUCAGGAAUUAUGGAGAAGGAAGAAAAUCUCUUCACAGGUCAAACACCAUCCACUCCUUAUCUUCGUAACUAUUUAUUUCCCCGUUCAAAGCUGGAAGCAACCAUGCAGUAGAUCCCCUGUGCAAUGAAAACUAUUCUCUCAGUCUAUUCAUUUGCUUUCAACUGUACUCCCAUGUAACCAGGUAGGUUAUUUAAUUAUUCAGAUUUAGCAGGUGCCAUAACACUUGAAAAGCAACCUGAAGAGAACGGAGCUAUAACACUGCACAGAUUUACAUCCACCUAGCUUGAAUAUAUGGAUGAUACACCAUGUUUAGCUCUGGCAUUUGACUCUGAAAUGCUUCACUGUGUCUCCAUUCCUGCAAAUAGCUCAAUGUGAGCAAAGCAUCUUGCAGGAUCUGGGCCCAAAUUUCUAAUAGCUUCUAAAUUUAAAACAGAAAACAGUAUCUGAUCCUGGUUUAUAUGUGUAAAGUUCUGCAGGAUUGGGCAAUUAGGCUUGGCUCCUGGAAUUUACAAUGAAUGGGGUGGACUGUCAAUGGGUCUCCAUGCAUAGGCGCCAACUCCGUGGGUGCUCCAGGGCUGGAGCACCCACGGAAAAAAAUUGGUGGGUGCUCAGCACCCACCGUUAGCUCUGCCCCACAGCCCCAGCUCACCUCCGCUUCCACCUCCUCCGCGAGCACACUGCCGCGUCCUGCUUCUCCCCCCUCCUCCCAGUGCUUGCGCUGUGAAAAAGCUGAUUUGCUGGUCAGGGAGUGAGGGAGGAGAGGGAA